AAAACACAUGAUUCUUCUAGUUCGCUUCUUCUUUACCAAGAAAAUGCAAAAUAUUGGGGAAACCUUAUCACGUGUGUGUGAACUGUGAAGAUGUGAAGAGGGAGAAGGAUCUUGGGUAUCUCAGACACUUGAUCUAACUUGCUUAAGAAUCUGCAUCUGGGAACCUCAGACAGAGGAAGAAGAAAAUGGGAACAGGCGAGGUUGGAGGAGCUUCUGCAGAUUCAAAUCAGCGUGACUCUGACAUAGAACUCAUUGGUGGCGAAAGGGUACCUCAUGGUGGACCACUGAACAAAAGGGUAGGCAGAAGAAGUUCCAAGUUGAGCAACGCUUCUGCCUCUACUUCCCGCUCUGACGUUGGCCACAGCAUAUCCCAGGAACAAGAUGAAGGAGACUACGUUGAGGUCACUAUGGAUAUCAAAGGAGACUCUGUGGCUCUUCACAGUGUUAUACCCGUUGCAGGGAACAGUGAUCAGGGGGAAGAUGAGAAACUGGUCUUGCUUGGUAAAGGCAUGGAGAAGAAAAGGUCCUUUGGUGCUUCUGUUGUAAGAAGUGCUUCCAUUCGCAUACAACAAGUGUCUCAGGAGCUAAAGCGUUUGGCUUCCUCGUCCAAGCAAGCUGCACUUGCGAGAGUGCAUUAUGACAGAACUAAAUCUGCAGCUUCUCACGCUCUCAAGGGACUCAAGUUUAUCAGCAAGACUGGUGCGGGUGCAGGGUGGGUUGAGGUUGAAAAGCAAUUUGAUGCUCUCACUGCUUCCACUAAUGGGUACCUGCAUCGCUCUCUCUUUGCCAAGUGCAUAGGGAUGAACAAGGAAUCAGAGGCCUUUGCAGGGGAGCUCUUUGAUGCACUCUCUAGGAGGAGGGGAAUUCAGAGUGAUUCUAUUAAUAAGCUCCAGCUUAAGGACUUUUGGGACGAGAUUUCUGACCAGAGUUUCGAUUCUAGGCUCAGAACAUUCUUUGACAUGGUCGAUAAAGAUGCGGAUGGAAGAAUCACCGAGGAAGAAAUUAAAGAGAUUAUCUGCCUUAGUGCCACUACCAACAAACUCGCAAACAUACAGAGGCAGGCAGAGGAGUAUGCAGCUUUGAUCAUGGAGGAACUUGACCCUGAUGACACAGGAUUCAUCAUGGUAAACGACCUAGAGAUGCUCUUGUUGCAUGGACCGACCCAUUCUACAAGAGGAGAUAGCAAGUACCUGAGUCAAAUGUUAAGCUUAAAGCUUAAGCCCACACAUGAAGAAAAUCCUAUUAGGAGGUGGUAUACAAAAACCAUGUACUUCCUGCAGGACAAUUGGCAGAGAACUUGGGUAUUGGUAUUGUGGCUUGGAGUGAUGUUAGGUUUAUUUGCCUACAAAUUUGUGCAGUAUAGGAGAAAAGAUGCAUAUGAGGUGAUGGGGCAUUGUGUAUGCAUGGCCAAAGGUGCUGCUGAGACACUUAAACUGAACAUGGCUAUUAUCUUGUUACCGGUUUGCCGGAACACCAUCACUUGGCUCAGGAACAAGACCAAACUUGGCAUUAUGGUUCCUUUUGAUGACAACCUCAACUUCCACAAGGUCAUAGCUGUGGCAGUAGCUAUUGGCGUUGGUAUACACGGUAUAUAUCAUCUUGCUUGUGACUUUCCUCGACUUAUUGAUGCAAGUAGUGAAAAGUACGAGCUGAUGGAACCAUUUUUUGGAGAUCAACCAUCGAGUUAUUGGUUUUUUGUCAAAUCGUGGGAAGGAGUAACAGGGAUUAUAAUGGUUGUUCUAAUGGCAAUAGCCUUCACUUUAGCUACCCCUUGGUUCAGAAGAGGCAGGGUCAAGCUUCCCAAGCCACUCAAUAAUCUCACUGGCUUCAACGCCUUUUGGUACUCACAUCAUCUUUUUGUCAUUGUCUAUGCCCUGCUCAUUGUGCACGGAAUCAAACUUUACUUGACCAAAGAAUGGUACAAGAAAACGACCUGGAUGUAUUUGGUUAUUCCCAUUGUUAUAUACUCGUUGGAAAGAUUGACUAGAGCACUCAGAUCCACCAUAAAGCCUGUAAGAAUAUUAAAGGUGGCUGUUUAUCCUGGAAAUGUGUUGGCUCUUCAUAUGUCAAAGCCCCAGGGAUUCAGAUACAAGAGUGGACAAUACAUGUUUCUCAAUUGUGCUGCUGUGUCUCCAUUUGAAUGGCAUCCAUUUUCUAUAACCUCUGCACCUGGUGAUGAUUACGUUAGCGUCCAUAUCAGAACACUUGGUGAUUGGACCAGGAGUCUCAAAGUCAAGUUCUCAGAGUGUUGCCAGCCGCCUGACAACGGCAAGAGUGGACUUCUAAGAGCUGAUAACUUGCAAGGAGAUGGAAGUCCCAGUGGUUUCCCUAAAGUUAUGAUUGAUGGUCCAUAUGGAGCACCAGCACAAGACUACAAGCAGUAUGAGGUGGUUUUGCUGGUGGGGCUGGGAAUAGGAGCGACCCCAAUGAUCAGUAUAGUGAAGGACAUAGUGAACAACAUGAAGGCCAUGGAAGAGGAAGAGGGGAGCAACAUAGAGGAGGGAACCCCACAGAAAAGAAAUGGUGUGAGCAAGUUUAACACUAGUAGGGCUUACUUCUAUUGGGUGACAAGGGAGCAGGGUUCUUUUGACUGGUUUAAAGGGGUGAUGAAUGAGGUUGCUGAAGAGGAUCACAAGGGUGUGAUUGAACUCCACAACUAUUGCACCAGUGUGUAUGAAGAGGGUGAUGCUCGCUCUGCUCUCAUUGCCAUGUUGCAAUCUCUAAACCAUGCUAAGAAUGGAGUGGACAUUGUCUCUGGCACGCGUGUCAAAUCACACUUUGCCAAACCCAAUUGGCGCAGAGUCUACAAACGCAUUGCACUUACUCAUCCAGGGGCUCGUGUUGGGGUCUUUUACUGUGGCCCACCAGCGUUAACCAAAGAGCUUGGUCAGUUAGCUUCGGAUUUCUCUCGUAACACAACCACCAGAUAUGAUUUCCACAAAGAAAAUUUCUAAUAACUGGCCAUUAUUCGAGAGAAAGUUUCUAAUAACCGGAAAUCAUUACACUUUGUAUAAAUCGUAAUUAAUUACGAAUCAUAGUACAAUGGUCAAUAUGCGCGUAAGCACCACUUACAUUGCACUAUUACAUAAACGAAGCUUAUGAGAAUUAUUCUUGCUGCAUCAUUAACUCUCUAA